UAUCCAAGCGAUCCAACUGGUUGCAACUUCCUUUAUAGUAUUCUUGUAGCUAGGCUAGCUCUCUAGACUCUAGCCUCUAGCUAUUGCCGGCCGGCUAGUACACUAGCGGCAGCACACAUACACCACUGUCCACUUCAUCAACUUGCCUUCGAUUCUGCUCCUACUAUCUUUGUAGUCAAAGAGGUGCUCAUGGAGACGGCUUCAACAAGCCCAGACACCAUGGAGGCCGCAGCAAGGUCCCCCGGUCUCUCCAUCACCGUCGAGAAGAACCCGCCGGAGGCGCGCCUGCUUCAACUCGGCGUCAAGUCCUGGCCCAAAUGGGGCUGUCCGCCGGGGAGGUUCCCGCUCAAGUUCGACGCGGCGCUGACGUGUUACCUCGUGAAGGGCAGGGUGAGGGCCGCCGUGAAGGGCUCCCGCGACUGCGUGGAGUUCGGCGCCGGCGACCUCGUCGUCUUCCCCAAGGGCCUCAGCUGCACCUGGGACGUCGUCGUCGGCGUCGACAAGCACUACAACUUCGACCCCUCCUAAACCAUAUACACUUACGUAUUAGCACACGCAUCUUCUUGUUCUGAUUUGUCUCUUCUUUGUGUCUGACGCCUGGAUCGAAUUCCUGUGUUGACGUGAUCUGUAAACCUCUGCGUGCGACGACCAUGACUUAGCUAUUAACAAGGAGAAAGCUCUGCGUGUGGUAGCCAUUAGCCCAUUAGUUGUGAGUUAACUGAAUCUAUCUGAUGGCUGGCUCCUCGUCAGUGGAUACUUGAUAGCUAGUGUAAUUAAUAUACUAUAUACGACUAAUGCAAUGUAAUAUAUUACUA